AAAGAGUUAAAAUAUAAGAAAGUACAAUAUCAGAUAAGAUUUAUAAAAGCAGUUUCAGAGAUGAUAGAGAAGAUGAUGAUGAAGUUUUCAUAUAAUAAGAUCUAUAUCAACUAUGAAAUACUGUAUGAGAUUCUAACUGAUAAUAGUGUGAAUCUUAUAGAAGAAGCAGUGAGGCAUUUUAUAAGCUAG